GCUUUUGGCUUUUGGCGAUGAUGAAUGCCAAAGGCUAGACAUAACACUAAAAUAAAUCCACGGCAACGGAUCUACGGCAAACUAUCACAACAUACCUAUUGAUAUCUGAAGAAAGGCAAUCACAAGAUUAACCAGGCAGCCAUGGCAGCCACAGGAGGAGGAGUGGGUGUGGCAAGUGGAGGUGGAACUUCUCCAACAGUUAGAAGACCCACAGCCCGUGCCACGGCCGGAAUUCAAAGACGCCGGGUGGUCAAAAAACACAUCCAACAAAAGUAUAUGCUCUGCGGAUUCGCCAUUCAUGCCUUUCUAGCCACUCCAGCCUAUUUGUAUGGCAAUGUUGUGGAGUCGGACAAGGAUCUGGUUUUGAGAAUAUGGCCCGCCAUUGUCUACCAGGCCACUGGGGAGAUAUGUCGCUCGAUCAUGGAGCACCUGGACACAGAGUACAGUGGCCGAUCUAGGGAGACCACCCAGUACCGAAGGGUCUUUCUCCUGGCCACCCUAAUCGCUUGUGUUUCUUUGAUGGCCAGCGGGAUACUGUUCUCCUCCGCCUGGAUUGUGGUGACCACUACCACUCAGGUGGUGGCCAUAGUUUUCUAUGGUUUUUUUGCAGGCAUCGGUUCCAGUCUCUUUCUAUGGAAGACCCAUGUGAUCCUAGAGGCAGUACGUCCGCGAGAGGAUAAAUACGUGCGGAAAACAAUACACCUGUGUGGCGAGGCCUUUUGCCAGCUUUUCCUCUCGUUUGUGUUUACCAGCUUGAGAACUCUUUAUGGAACAGCCCAAUCCAUAGUGCUGAUGUCGGCCCUGCUGGUGAACCUGAUACCCCUGAGUUUGAUCAUCACCAAGCAUCGGGAAGAUGCCUUCACCACAAAGAGGAUAUCGGUGAUCAAGGCGGAAACAGGAUUCGCUGCUCUGCCUUUGAGAGCUGCUCUGGCGGAUCAGCUGGAUGGUCUUGAGACUCAUUCCUGGCGAAAUCCGGCCACAGAGAUGACCACCACCUCGACAGCGCCGCCAGGAGCAGCUGUGGCUGCCGCCGUUGUGGACACACACAGCACCUACCUCCUGGCCACGGACGAGGCCUAUGUCACCUACGUGAAUCCCAAUGGGGUGGAGAUCAUGGAGAUCAUUCCGGAGGAAGAUGAAACCAUUUCCAUGAUGCGUUCUAGUAAUGCCACCAUUGAUAACUAUGCCAUGUCCGCCUCUCAGACCUCGCACAAGUCAUUAUCCAAUGGCAGGCUAUAUCCGUUGCCUUCAAUUAGUUCUCCAGGAGCUGCGUUCGUCACUGGAACUGGAACAGGCACCGGGAACUCUUCCCCCUUGCCUCCGGACUAUGUGAAUCUGCGUCGCAUUCGACGCAUGUCCCGUGCCGUGACCUCUCACCUGUGGUGGAAUCUGCUCGACAAGAUCGCCAUGCCGCUGCAACAGGCCUUAUUGGUGCCUCAAUUGUAUGCCACCACUCUACUCCUCUCGGCGGACAUCUUCAGCUAUGUGAUGUGCCUGACCGUCUUGCCAGGAUUGGCGGUUAGUCAUCAUGCCCUGAAAAAUGCCGAGAUACCUUUUCUGUUCUCACUUCUGGCAUUUCCCUGGAUGUGCUUCUCCCUGAUGACCCCGCGAUUCGGAACGAGUCUCUACAAGAGGAAGCUCCAGUGGCACACUUUGGGCAGCAUAUGCAAGUGUCUGGCUCUGAUUUUCAUCAGCUUCAGCACCUCCAAGUUACUGCUCAGUGUCUCGGCUGUUCUGUUGGGUUUCGGCCAAGUGGUGACCGCCUUUCUCCAGGAGCUCGUCUUCCAAAUGGGCAUGACCAGGGCCAACUGGACCGCCAUCAGGCGACCCGUGCACUUCACCAACGGACUCCUGGUGCUCCUGUGGGGCGCCAUGGCCCACUGGGUUGUAGUGAGGUACUCCUUUCAGGCCACUGUGGGACUGGCCGGCGGCAUCUAUGGACUAAGUAUGCUGCUCUGGAACUUUCUCUUCUUCUGCUGCCAAAGCAAGGACUAGGGAUUCUACAAGGACGAUUUCAAAAUUGCUGUUGUUGCUGUUGCAGUUGCUGUUCUAGUUGAUGUGUGGAUGUAUUUUUGUGCAGUGAUAUUAAUAAAUAAAACAUAAACUAUA